GGUCAAGGUUCAACCAGGUACCCACGUGGCUAGUUUGGAAACAAGACAAGAGAUGAAGCUGCUUACUCAUAACAUGCUCACCUCGCAUGUGAAGGGAGUGAAGAAUGGCUACCCCUUCAAGAUAUUAGCUAGUCAAGUGGUGGCCAAUAGUGUGGACUUCAAUGCAGAGUUCAUUGCCAGGAUGAUUCCUAAACUGGAAUGGACAGUGCUUAAAUCAGCUGCUGAAUCAGUUGGAUUUGGUAGUGGACUGCCUGACUCUCCUCCUGAUGCAUUUGAGAGUGACGAGGACUUCCUGAAGGCGGCCCAUCAUGUCCUGCUGGAGGUGGAGGUGGUGGAGGGUGACCUAGAGUGUCCUGAGACAGGCAGGAAGUUCCCCGUGUCUGGGGGAAUCCCCAACAUGCUCCUGACAGAGGACGAAGUAUAAACAUGGAACUUGCUUUUUUGUUUUUAUUUUUAUGUUCUCAAGUUGUUAAUAAUAUUGUUGCACUACAUGUACUAAAUCAGACCUUGCACAUGCA